AUGUUGGCUUUUAAUAACACUUUCUUUAAUUGGCCCACUUUCUCCUUCAUUGGUAUUCCUGGUCUGGAAGCUGCACAUAUAUGGAUCUCCAUCCCCUUCUGUGUCCUGUACCUCAUAGCCCUUGUGGGUAAUGCUGUUCUUCUUAUCCUAGUUAGAGCAGAGAAGAAACUUCAUGAACCUCAGUUCUAUUUUUUGGCUAUGCUAGCCCUUACUGAUCUAGGCCUUUCAUUGUCAACAAUGCCUAGUGUCUUGGCUAUCUUCUGGUUUGAUGUCCGUGACAUUGGCCUUAAUGCUUGCCUAACCCAGAUGUUCUUCAUCCACACCCUCUCCUCAGUAGAAUCAGGUGUCCUGGUGGCCAUGGCUUUUGACCGUUUGGUAGCUAUCUGUGCUCCAUUAAACUAUACCAAGAUCCUUACCCACUACACGGUUGCCUGCCUUAGUGGAGCUGCCCUCAUACGAGGUGCCACUCUGCUGGCUCCUCUGCCUUUUUUCCUUAGGACUUUUCCUUUCUGUGGGGCCAAUAUCCUGUCACACUCCUAUUGCUACUACCCAGAUAUGCUGAACUUAGCCUGUGGGGACAUUACCUUCAGCAGUGCCUAUGGAUUGGUUUUUGUUCUCUGCACAUUUGUAGUGGAUGUUGUCUUCAUCUUAGCUUCAUACAUGAAGAUCUUGGACACCAUUAUGAAGCUGGAGACUCAAGACAGAAACUGGAGGUCACUGCACACCUGUGCCUGUCACCUAUGCAUGGUGCUUGUGUUCUACCUGCCCCUAAUCAGCUUGGCAGUGCUGCAUCGUUAUGCCCAGGACACUUCCCCAAUUCUGUAUACCACCAUGAGUAAUGCCUACCUCCUCAUGACACCACUGCUCAACCCUCUCGUCUAUAGUCUCAAAUCCCGGCAGAUCCAGGCUGCCCUGCGCAAGCGAUUUUGGGUGCAACGUGUCAUUGCUGGGGAAUGA